CCACUCAUAGACCAGUCCGGAUCGGGAUGGGUGACAAUGGCGACUAAAAGACCUUGAGUGACGAAGGGAGAGUGACGGACGCAAUGAUGGGGAUAAUGUCGGUUUCGUUGUCCGAGUGGGAGGGAAAUAUUUCCUUUUCGCAAAAAAACCAACGUAUGGUAUGAGAGUCGAACGGUCAAACAGCCACAUCGACAUCAUGCCGCGAGAAAAAGAAGACAUGGACGGCGAGAGUAGCGCCCAGAAUCCAGCCUUGCCUUCCGAAACACGAUCGAGCACAGCGCCGACACCACAAAAGUCCUUCAUGGGCCGCAUCUACCACCCCCUGGGCUUCACCAAAGCCUACAACUUUGGCUUGUUUGUCGUGUUUGCAGGGGCGCUGAUGGGCUUUACGCUGGCGCGGCUCCCGUUCCUCGACAUCGACGGCGUCUUUUGCAGCAACAGCGCCGGUUCGAGCCCAGCCAGCAGCGCGACACGGCACGCCGCCCCCGGCGAGUGCUUCUACUACUCGGCGGCCGGCUCGCUCGAGCGCAUCGGCAUCAUCAUACACCUGGCCACGGUGCUGCCAGCCGCUUUCCUAGCCUGCUUCCAGUUCGUGCCCGCCAUCCGCCGCCGCACCGCCGCGCACAGGGCCAACGGGUAUGUGGUGCUUCUGCUGUCGACCGUGGGAGCCGCCAGCGCGUUCCCGGUGGCGCGCCGGGCGUUUGGCGGCACGCUUGCGACGCAGACCGGGGUCGGGUUCCUGGGGAUCGCCUUCCUCGCGUCGCUAGCGUUGGCGUACGCCAACAUCCGGCGGCGACAGAUUGAGCAGCACCGCGCGUGGAUGCUGCGGGCCUGGUUCUACGCCGGCAGCAUCGUGACGGCGCGCCUGAUCAUGUUCCUGGCCGCGUACGUGGUCACGGCCGUGGGCGGCUACUACAUGCCCGAGCCAUGCGCCAAGGUGGCCAGCCUGGUGGGCGGGCGCGACGCGAUGCUGGCGCGAUACCCCGAGUGCGCCGCCUUUUACAGCGGCACCAACCCGGACCAGCACGCCCUGGUGGCGGCCAGUAUGACUCUGGGCCGGCCCGAGAGCGUCGGCGCGGCCAUCGACCUCAGCUUUGGCGCGGCCAUGUGGUUGGCCUUGGCCCUGCACGCCGUGGGCAUCGAGAUUUAUCCGAGGCCGAGAGGCUGCGGCAAAAAUCUUACCAGCGGCAGCUCGAAUCGGGCAUGGCGAACCCCGGGCAGGCCGGGCUGA